AAUUCUGAUGACGCAAAGCCGAAACUCAUCUAUUAUUUUUGAUAAAAAUAUUAUUAGAUAGAGUCACAAAUCAAAGUUCAUCGUGAUAAGUUUCUAAGACCGUUAUCAGUGUGACAAACUAAUCUCUAUUAUAAAUUAGGGUCAUGUGUGGGGAAAUUGUCAUUCGUUAAUCCAGUUAACUUGUUAGAAGUAUUACCUCUUCAAUUUUUAAUAAUUUCCACAAAUUACCAUUCAAAAUGGCCUACUUCGGAAAAGAGUUCAAAGUUGUGAGUGAGGAGAAAUACACUGAUUUUAUUAAGGCUUUGGAGCUCCCCGAGGAAAUGACCGCAAAGUUCUCCGCCUACAAGCCCGUCUCGAAGAUUGAGAAGGAUGGAGACUCCUACAAAUUCACCAACACCACCCCGGAGGGCUCGAAGGUGACCACCUUCAAGUCUGGAGUCGAGUUCGAAGAUGAGAUCAGACCUGGCGUUAAGGUCAACUGCAAGUACACCGUGGAUGGCGACACCGUUACCCAGGAAAUCUCACAAGGCGGCAAAACAGUUACAUUCAAGAGGGAAUACUCCGCCAAUGACCUUACCACGACAAUCACAGCCAACUUCUGGGAUGGUACAGCCGUCAGACACUACAAAGCUUGAAUUUAUAGUUUCUAAGUCAUAGGUAUUGUUGUUAAAUUAUUGUUAAAAAAAGUCUUCAUUAGAUAUAAGAAAUUAAAUAAUAUAAUUUAUUG